AUCUGCAGCAGGGCAAGUGAUAGAUAGUCGACGGCAAAAGAUAUUUCUCUAUCUCGAUUUCAACCUCUUCAGCAAGGAGCUGUGGCAACCGCCUUCAAUUUAGUCACCUUGAGUCUGAACCUGGUCAGCAUUAUUUUGACCUACUACAAAAGAAUCUUUAUCUUGUUCGUUCACACUAUCCAUAACUCAUACAGAGAGUGCCUUCAAAUCAGUUAUCGAGCCUGUCGAUAAGGUAAACCAGAGAGAGAGGUAGAGAAAUAGAAGAGAUUAUCCCACGCUUAUCUGUGCCCUGAUAUCAUAUUUGAAAUCGAAAUCAGGCCCGAUCACUCCCAUACUCAAAGUUCGCUUUCAGAGAGGUGUACAGGUAUUCCGAUAACGCGAUAAAGACAAGUGUAUUUGAACUCGUUCGCGCUAAGUUGACCGGGGCUCUGGUGAUCACAAACAACAGCAAGGCAAUCGAAAAACUUGGAAUUCAAAACAAGAACGCGAAGCGUGAUUAUUCCUCCUCGUAGCGGUCGACAUUCAAUAGUAUUCAUCCUAUUCCCUCAGAAGUACAUAAGAUCAAUGGUGUUUAAAGAAAAAAAAAAUUGGACGAAACCAGAAUUCGGAAUGACUUAGCAACGAAAAAGGCUAAGAAUAUUUAAACAAAGACAAGCUUAGCAUCACAUGUGACCAUCAUUUUAUGGAGCAGUUUCCAUCAGAUGUUAGGCUGCCUUGGACACAGAACGGAAGAAUCUCUUCGAUCACGACAAAUAGAUAAGCAAAUACAGCAAAUUCAUCAACAGUUUGCCAGUGCAAUCAAAAUUUUACUACUAGGGACGGCCGAAUCCGGCAAAACUACUAUUAUUAAGCAAAUGAGAAUUCUGCACAUAAAUGGAUUUACAGAACAAGAAAAGCGUGCAAAGAUACCUGAAAUCUAUUGCAACGUUCAUGAAUCUAUUGCGGAACUUGUUCGGCAGAUGGAUCUCUUAGGACUAGACUAUGAUUCGCUUAAUAACAGGCGGAGCGGGCAGUUUAUUGCUUCAAUUGAUGAAUUAAGGCCGCAAGAUAUGACGGAGGAAUAUAGAGAUCAUGUGUUAGCUCUCUGGAAUGAUUCGGGAAUCCGAUCGUGUUAUAUGCGCUCUAAUGAAUUUCAACUUUUGGACUGUGCUAAAUAUUUCCUAGAUAAACUUGAAGCAAUUGCGAGGCCCACCUAUAUACCAUCCACGGAAGAUAUCCUGCAUAGUCGGAAAGUCACGACAGGAAUACAUCAAAUUGAGUUCACAGUUAAGAUUCCUAAGGACAUGGGUGGUGGCCUGCAGGAAUUUCGGAUGUUCGAUGUCGGUGGACAACGAGAUCAACGAAAUAAGUGGAUUCAAGUAUUCGAAGGAAUUGAGGCUGUCCUGUUUGUAAUUUCCUGCGGGGAUUUUGACCAAACUCUCCGUGAAGAUCCCACGCAGAAUCGUUUAACCGAGGCUGUUCGAUUAUUCAGUGGAGUCUGGCAUAAUCGCUUCCUAGCCAGUGCUGGGAUCAUUGUUUUUCUCAACAAACAAGACAUCAUGGAGAGGAAAAUCCAGGCUGGAAAAAGUAUUGGACAAUAUUUUCCUGAAUAUGAGGAAUAUAAAAGACUGUCAAAAGGGGGAAAUUUCUUCGAUGAAUCGGAUCGAACGAAACAUUUUAUUAAGCAAAAAUUAGUGGAUAUCACAUUAGAGCCGCCAAGACGAGUCUCACGGAUAGCAGACUGCACACCGAGAGAGUGCUUUUACCAUUUUACUGUCGCAACGGAUACAAAUAACAUCCGGAGAGUAUUCAAUGAUGUCCACAAUAUGAUUUUGACAGAAAAUCUGGCUAGUAUAGGUCUACUUUAAUAAAAUUAUUUGUAUCCAACUCUUUUCUGUAAAAGCUCUACCCUGUAAUUGAGAUCUGUGAUCUUUUCUAGAAUUUAACAAAAACUAUUCUCUAUUUUUUUAAAUUCAAUCUAGUUUAUAAAGAUUUUUUUCCAAAAACAAAAUAAAUAUUCACCUAAGA